AUUUUAAUUUAACACGAAAAUCACAGGAUGUGAAAUUUUCUGUAAACGCUUCGCGAAAUGUCAGUCAACUGUGAGAAAUUCACCACCAAAAUAGGUACUUUGUGGUGAGUUUAUCAACUUGUUCGUGACGUUCAAUGCAAGUGUUUAUAUUUAUACUAAAAGUGAAAAGAGCGGAAAUUCUAGAAUUUUUGAGGCUUUCUGGGUAACGAAGAGAGAACUUAAAGAAUCAGUGGAGAUCGUGGAGAUCAGAAGAAUAGAGAGGUGAGUUUCUAUUCUAACUAAACUAACAGUUAUAAAAGAAAGAAAGCACAUCCUAAAGAAUCUGGAGAUCGUUAUUGCGCCCCAAAGAUGAAUAGCAAUAACAUGCCUAGUGAAGGGAUAGAAAUCAUAUUUAGGAAAGGAAAGACUAUCCUGGUUCUUGAUGGCUACCAGUAUCGUAUUCAUCGAAAAACAGAGGAGAUCAUUAGAUGGACAUGCAUUCGGGACAAAAAAUAUAAUUGCAGAGGAAACAUAAAAACAGACUACAACUAUGUUAUUCGGAGCAAAAUAGACCACAGUUGCGUACCAGAUCAUUUGGAGAUUCUGGUGAAGAAAGCUAUGAUUCAGUGCAAGAAUAGAAUCAUCACCGAACUGUCCACACCUGUGCCAAAAAUUUAUAAAGCAGAACUUGAAAAAUUUGACCUGAUCAACUCAAGUUUAGGUGUUACAUUACCGCCUUAUAAUUCUGUUAGUACAAAUUUAUAUCGGUUAAGAAGAAUGGCUGAUAAAAAGUACAAGAAAGGUGAAGACAUGACCGACAUGUUAUCAAGAAUAGUUCGUCUAUCUGGUCCAGAUAGUCUUCAGUACCUUUCAAGCAUGAAAGAUAUUAUUUUUGGAAGAAAGAAAAUGCUUCCAAUUAAACCAGUUGAAGAAGCUAAAAGGUCGUGGGCUUUUCAAUGUGAACAUUGCGGAAAGAUAUUAAAAUCAAAGAAUGAUCUUGUACAUCACAUGAGAACAGUUCACCUCCUAGAAGUUGAAGGUUCUGUGAAAACACAUCAAAAAUCUCCAAGAAGAAAAGUUGCAGUACCUGUUAUCAAAGAUUCUUCAUCGUCUAAACUUUCUUCAGGAUCUGAACUUCCUUCAGGACCAGAACCUUCUUCAGAAUCAGAAGAUUCUUCAACUUCUGACGUUGCUCCAACUUCUGCACGUGCAUCUGCUCCUGAAGUAGUUUUAGUUCCUGGGAUUCCUUCAACAACAUGUCCUAACUGCAAAGCACCUUCAAUUAGCAGCAGAACGAUCUCAACGCAAACGGAUCUCUCAUUUCAUAAACUAACAAAACUAACGCACAUUUUCUCAAUUGAUGAAAUGGACGCAGAGUCAGAUCCCCUCGCGAGCUGUCCUUCAGUUAAUAUCAAGCAAGAAGAGGCCGUUAGGCGAAGUAAGCGUAAAAAGAGUCGAAAGUAUUCACGACGUACACGACGUAGGAAGACCAGAAGUUACUCAUAAGAGCAAUCUUCUUUAAUUACGAAUGAUCUGUAAACUUUAUAAACUAUAAGAACUAAUAAGAAAUUUACAAUUUUCCUCUAAAAA